CAUUAUUUUUCUUCAGCCAAAUAAGGCGUACAUCAGCAAAUCUGGUCUUGUGGUUUUGACCAAAAUCUAGUUAUAUGCCAAUCUUCAUCCAGAUGUUCGAAACAUUGAGAACCCUCCCCUCCCUUCCCCCUCCGCUUGGCACAAAGGAGGGAAACGAACCCAACCCAACCCAUUGGCUCGGCCCCUUCCAAAUGCCAGGUGUCACAAAGUGAGAGGCUCAGCAGGCUUAUCCCAUACACCACAAAAUCUAAUCCUCCUCGUCAUCUCAAUAUCCAAAACCAGCCAAUUGGCAAUCACUUGUUUCUUCACGCCCUUCAUUUUUUCAAAUCAAUACCUGAAAGUUCCACAAGGGAAAUAAGAAAAAGGAGAUCCGGGGGAGCAAACAAAGAGUAAGUAACAGUUCAAAUGGCUUCCACAGCAUGCUUCCUCCACCACGCCGCCCUCACAACUUCCACCAGGUCAGCGGCCGCCGCCUCAUCCGCCGUUCAGCGCCUUCCCUCUCCCGCCGCCGGCAGGCUACUCUGCCGUGCCCAGAAAAACCAGCAGCAGCAGGCCGAUGAUCAGGACACCGGCAGCGAGGGCGCCUUGUCGCGUCGGUUGGCCCUCACUCUCCUCGUCGGAGCCGCUGCCAUUGGCUCCAAGACCGCCCCUGCCGACGCCGCCUACGGUGAAUCCGCAAACAUAUUUGGGAAGCCAAAGACGAACACGGAUUUCUUGCCCUACAAUGGCGAAGGGUUCAAGCUUUCGAUCCCGGCGAAGUGGAACCCUAGCAAAGAGGUGGAGUAUCCAGGGCAGGUUUUGAGAUACGAGGACAAUUUUGACGCCAACAGCUACGUCAGUGUUAUGGUCACCCCAACUGACAAGAAAUCCAUCACCGACUACGGCACCCCUGAAGAAUUCCUCUCUCAGGUCAGCUUCUUGCUCGGAAAGCAGGCCUACUUUGGCAAGACCGAUUCGGAGGGUGGGUUCCAGUCUGGUGAGGUCGCGACGGCUAACAUCUUGGAGACAUCAGCUCCAGUGGUGGGCGGGAAACAGUACUACAUUGUGUCGGUGCUGACGAGGACCGCCGACGGAGAUGAAGGCGGGAAGCACCAGCUGAUCAGCGCUGCCGUGAAAGAUGGGAAGCUCUACAUCUGCAAGGCGCAAGCUGGAGACAAGAGGUGGUUCAAGGGUGCCAGAAAGUUUGUGGAGAACGCUGCAACUUCCUUCAGUGUCGCCUAA